CAGAUAUCAACAUAUCAUAUCCAACCAACAAUUUGAUUUGCCUUCUCAUCUUGUGCAUAGGUUGCGGGAUUUGAGUUGUUUUUUUCAACCUUUUUUAUCCAAUCCUAGUAAUCCUAUAAACUCAAUUUUUCACACACUGAUUUCAAUUAUUUGAUCUUUCUUAAUAUAGCAGAAUCGUUUUCUGUUGCCUAUUCAAACCGUUUCACCUGGUGGUUUACACACGUUACACCCUAUUAACUCACAAGUUACAACACAUAUUUUACAUAACUGAACAGCAAGCAAAGAACCCCACAAGCCAGAACGAUUCCAACUUUGGUUUCAUUGCUUUUGGCUAGAGGGAGAGAUUAAGCAAAAGGGUUUAUUUUGUUGGUAAUGGUGAUCAUAAACUUUGCUGGGAAGAAGAAGAAAGAAGGGCAGGGAAUGCGACUUGGGAAAUACGAGUUGGGUAAGACACUUGGGGAAGGCAAUUUUGGAAAAGUGAAGUUGGCCAAGAACACAGAUUCUGGGAAAUUGUAUGCUGUUAAGAUCCUUGAAAAGAACAAGAUUAUUGGACCCAAUAACGUUGAUCAGAUAAAGAGAGAAAUAUCCACCUUGAAGCUAUUGAAGCAUCCAAACGUGGUUAGAUUGUAUGAGGUCUUGGCUAACAAAUCCAAAAUUUAUAUGGUGCUUGAGUACGUGAAUGGGGGAGAGUUAUUUGACAAAAUUUCAUCAAAAGGUAAACUUAAAGAAGCUGAUGGUAGGAAAAUGUUCCAGCAGUUGAUUGAUUGUGUGAGUUACUGCCAUAACAAAGGUGUCUUCCACAGGGAUCUAAAGCUAGAGAAUGUUCUUGUGGAUUCCAGAGGGAACAUAAAGAUAACCGAUUUUAACCUCAGUGCUUUACCCCAACAUUGCAGAGAAGAUGGAUUGCUGCAUACAACAUGUGGAAGCCCCAACUAUGUUGCCCCUGAGAUUCUUGCCAAUAGGGGCUAUGAUGGUGCAACAUCAGAUAUAUGGUCAUGUGGUGUUAUCUUGUAUGUGAUUCUAACAGGAUACCUUCCUUUUGAUGACAGAAAUCUUGCAGUUCUCUAUCAAAAGAUUUUUAAGGGAGAAGUUCAGAUACCGAAAUGGCUGUCACCUGGUGCUCAGAACAUUGUAAAGAGGAUUCUUGAUCCCAAUCCUAAAACACGGAUAACAAUGGAUAUGAUCAAAGAUGAUGAAUGGUUCAAGGAAGGCUAUACACCAGCAAAUCCUGAAGAAGAUGAGGAAGAGGAUCAUGUGCACAUAGAUGAUGAAGCCUUAUCCAUUCAUGAAUUGUCACCUAGAUCCGAACAGGAGAGUCCAGAACCACCAACACUUAUCAACGCGUUUCAGUUGAUAGGGAUGUCUUCAUUCCUAGACCUCUCUGGCUUUUUUGAGAAAGAGGAUGUCUCUGAAAGGAAGAUAAGAUUUACAUCAAACUAUUCACCAAAAGAUUUGACAGAGAAGAUUGAGGAAAUUGUAACAGAAAUGGGAUUUGGAGUCCAAAAGAAAAACGGAAAGUUGAAAGUUGUACAAGAGAACAAAGCACAGAAAAGUCUAGGUAGCCUCUCAGUGGCAGCAGAGGUUUUUGAAAUAGGCCCAUCAUUGUAUGUAGUAGAACUAAGGAAGUCUUAUGGAGAUGCUUCUGUAUAUAGACAGUUAUGCAAGAAAUUAUCAAAUGACUUGGGUGUUCCCCCAAGCCCCAGAUAGUGAGAUCAGAAAUUAUAAGCCUUUCAGAAAAGAAUAAAGAAGAUAAUUAGCAUGUUUGGAUCAAUUUAUUCUUUCCCGGAAUUAAUUCUAUCAUUUAGAAGCUUCUCAUGAAAGCUUAUCCUCAAAAUUGAUUUUGUCUUUAAAAUCAAUUGUAGGAAGAUUUCCAAACAUGCACCGUAAAUUUUGCUUCUUUUUCUUUUCUUUUUAGGGAUUCUGGUAGAAUAGUUAUGUAGAUAUGUUAAAUAUCAAUUGUACAUAUCAUUUUAAUAAAGAAGUUGGUGAUAUUAUACAUA